AUGCCUCUGAUUACUAAUCUUUUGCCCAUCUCUGUCUCCCCCCAGAAUUUAUUCCUUUUCCUGCUUUUCCUGGGACCUUUCAACUGCUUCGCGAGCUACAGCCGUGCCACCGAGCUAUUCUACAGCAUCAAUGAAGGGCUGCCUGUUGGAAUCCUCAUUGGGAACGUGGCCCAGGAUUUACAGCUUCGGGGGGCACUAAAGGAAGACGUGGGGGUGGAAGGGGAACAGCAGCUCCCACAGCAAUGGGGGAAGACCCCUCUCUCCUUCUGCCUUGCCUCCCAGGGGUUGGGCAGCUCCUACGUAAACCUGGACAAUCGAACUGGCGAGUUGCGCACCUCCGCACAGGAGAUUGACCGGGAGGUGUUGUGUACGGAGGAUAACAUUGGGUCUUCUGUGGUCGCCUCUUCCUCCUCCUCUCCACUGAUGUCGUCUGAGUCGUGCUUGCUGCUGCUGGACGUGUUGGUGUUGCCGCAGGAGUAUUUCCGCCUCGUCAAGGUGAAGGUUGCCAUCCAUGAUGUCAAUGACAACGCGCCGUGCUUCCCCACCCCGCAGAUACACCUCUUUGUGCCUGAGAAUUCGCCCAUCAAUACCCGCUUGGCCAUAGAGCAUCCAGCCGUAGACCCGGACAUGGGGACUAACGGGGUCCAGACCUACCACUUGCAGGAUGACUAUGGUGUUUUUACGUUGGAUGUAGAGGAGAACGAAAGUGGGGAAAGGACACCGUACCUGAUUGUCAUGGGUGCUUUGGACAGGGAGGCCAGGGAUGAGUAUGUUACCCUUAUAAGUGCAGAGGAUGGAGGAGUCCCACCCCUGGUGGGCAGUGCCACCCUCACUAUUGGCAUCAGUGACAUCAACGACAAUUGUCCCCAAUUCAACGAGACUCAGCUGAAUGUCACUGUGUCUGGGAACUCUAGCCUUGGUUUGCGGAUAGCCUCUGUCCAUGCUACAGAUGUGGAUCAGGGAAUCAAUGCAGAGAUUACCUAUUCCUACAGCCAAAAGGUACCGCAGUCGUCCCGCACUUUGUUUCACCUUAACGAAAGCACGGGCGCCAUUAAGCUCGCCAAGAGGAUCAAUGGGGACACGCCUCGUCUUCACAGGUUGAGCGUACUGGCCAAUGGUCCCGGUUGUAUCCCAGCUGUGAUCACUGUGGUUGUAUCCAUCGUAAAAGUUAUGCUGAGACCCCCUGAAAUAAUCCCUCGUUUCAUAGCGAAUGAAGCCGAGGGGGUGGUUUACCUGAGAGAGCUGGAACCUGUCAACACACCAAUAGCGUUUUUUACCAUAAAAGACCCAGAUGAGAAAUACAAAGUGGAUUGCUACUUGGAAGGAGGUGGCCCAUUCAGACUGUCACCAUACAAACCGUACCACAAUGAGUAUUUACUCGAAACGACGAAGCCUUUGGAUUUUGAAACUCAGAGGCACUAUGAAAUAUCAGUGGUUGCAUGGAAUUCAGAUGGAUUCCACAUCACUAAAAUAAUUAAAGUGAGCAUUCUGGAUGAUAAUGACAACUCACCUGUGUUCUCCCAGCCUCUUAUAGAAUUAUCUAUAGAGGAAAAUAAUCCUCCCAAUGCUUUUUUGACCAAGUUGCAUGCAACAGAUGCUGACAGCGGAGAAAGAGGACAAAUAUCUUAUUAUCUAGGGCCCGAAGCCCCCUCGUAUUUCUCUUUAGAUAAAGUCACAGGAGUCCUUACAGUUUCCACCCAACUGGAUAGAGAAGAAAGAGAAAAAUACCGCUAUACCGUCAAAGCAGUAGAUUGUGGAAUGCCUCCCCGAGAAUCAAUAGCCACCAUAACCAUCUCAGUAUUGGAUAAAAAUGAUAACAGUCCGAGAUUUAUUAACAAGGAUUUCAGCUUUUUCGUACCCGAGAACUUCCCAGGCUUUGGUGAAAUUGGAGUUAUAAGUGUCACGGAUGCAGAUAUAGGGCAAAAUGGAUGGGUUGCACUUUCUGUUGUAAAUAGAAGUGAUAUCUUUGUCAUUGACACAGGCAAAGGGGUGUUGAGGGCAAAGGUCUCCCUGGAUAGGGAACAGCAGAGUUCCUAUACCUUGUGGGUUGAAGCAGUUGAUGGCGGGGACCCUCCUUUGUCCUCUACUGCAAAAAUAACUGUCCUUUUGCUUGAUAUCAAUGACAACCCACCGAUGGUCUUGUUUCCUCAGUCAAAUAUGUCUUACCUCCUAGUGCUCCCUUCUACAUUGCCCGGAUCCCCGAUCACAGAAGUCUAUGCCGUAGAUAAUGAUACUGGUAUGAAUGCGGUUAUAGCAUACAGCAUCAUAGGGAGAAGAGGUCCCCGUCCGGACUCCUUUAAAAUCGAUGCCAAGACAGGCAAUAUCACUCUGGAAGAGUCACUCAUGCAAAACGAUUAUGGCCUCUACCGACUUCUCGUUAAAGUUAGUGAUCACGGCUACCCGGAACCCCUUCAUUCCACAGUCAUGGUGAACCUCUUUGUCAAUGACACCGUGAGCAACGAGAGCUACAUCGAAAGUCUGUUAAGAAAGGAACCGGACAUAAAUAUAGAGGAAAAGGAGCCGCAGAUUUCGAUAGAGCCCACGCACACCAACGAGGAGUCACCAUCCUGUAUGCCCACCUUAGUGGCCCUAUCGAUAAUCAGCUUGGGUUCAAUAACUCUGGUGACUGGGAUGGGCAUCUACAUCUGCCUAAGGAAAGGAAGGAAGUAUCAUCCCGGAGACGAAAAUUUGGAAGUACAAAUCCCAUUAAAUGGAAGACUCAGUCUGAGUAUGCUUGAGAAGAAACCAGUGGAGAUUUCCAACAUCUGAUGGUUUCACACAAGACAAUCAUAACCAAAACCUAAGACAUGUUUUGAACAAUGAGGAACUUCCCAAAUGGGGGGAAUUGUUGGCUGCAGCAACAAUGAAGGACCAAUAAUUUAUUACUUAUUAUAAAUUGUACAUAGCUGUUUACAGAUUUUUUUAAGGAAAAAAAAAAGAAAAUCAAAUUCAGUGUACAGGUUUUUUU